AUGUCGACGUCGAAGAAACUCAAGAGCUUGAUACGCAACAGAGACAGCGUUCUCGAGUUCAUGGACCGGAUUGAACAGUACCUGAAAAACACCAAGGAGUUCGAUGAGCAGUCGGUCAACAUUCGGAUAGAGAAACUCGAGCAAAAGUGGAAUGAGUUCGAGGAUCUCCAGAACGAUAUCGAGAGCAUGGAGGACAAUGAGGAGAACAUGCCAGAGCAUCAUCAACUCAGGGCCGAAUUCGAAGGAAAGUACUUUGAGAAACGGUGGGAAGAAAUUGUGACACCAGAUAAGGAACCGUCAUUUGGGUCGUUGGUCGAUUUCCUCAAAAAGCAAACCCGGGUGUUAGAUGCGGUUUCGGUCGAUCAGCGUAUGUUUUCAACGACAACGUCAUCUAGCAUAAGCAAAUUCCGACCCACGAAAGUUUCGGUCAACUCGGCGACUGAAACGAAGUCGCCGAACUGCUUCGCCUGUAAUGAAAAGCAUUGGAUUACGCAGUGCCCAACUUUCGCAAAUUUAGGAAUAGAUAAACGGCUGCAGCUCACUAAUUCCAAGCGGCUCUGCAGUAAUUGUCUUGGCCGGAAUCACUUGGCACGGGACUGUCCAUCAAAAUAUCGUUGCAGAACGUGCUCGAAGAAGCACCAUACGUUGUUGCAUCCUGGGUUUCCUGGUUCUGGUUCUGUUCCCACUUCUAUUUCUACUUCGGCAACGAAUGAAAACGUAAAUCCUUCUACAUCAUCAUCAACUGGCGGUGCUUCGAACUCUGGUGAAUCUGUUUCUAGUUCGAUGGCAUUAAUUUCAUCCAAUUCGGCGGUAGGGCAGGCUAAUUCGCAUAUAUUUUUGCUCACGGUAUUGCUCAAUGUGAAGGACGUUUGGGGAAGGAUACAUCAGGCAAGGGCGCUUCUAGACUCCGGAUCACAGGCCAACUUGAUGUCGGCAAAUCUCUGCAAGCUGCUUCAACUUUCAAGGCGGGACAAAAAGGUGGAAAUAACUGGUAUUGGUCGAUCACGAAAUCGCACGGCUUAUGAAGUCUCCACUACAAUUUCUUCUCGGACGGAGAAUUUCUCAACUUCAAUGGAAUUUCUGGUGUUAGAGCAGCUCACUGACGAUCAGCCAUCAUACUCGAUUCCGAUGCGAGAAUGGAAACCUCCGGCUGAUAUGGUUUUGGCUGAUCCUGGUUUUAACGUUUCUGGUCCGAUCGAUUUGGUCUUAGGUACCCAAUACUUCUAUGAUUUCCAUAUAAGCGAUGGUGGCCGGUUGCAAACUCGUAAAUUCGACAAUACGCUCCCAGUAUUUGUCAAUACGGUAUUUGGAUGGGUAGCAGCUGGCGAGGUUACAUGUAUGGAAGGGCAGUCGCGGGUUAGUUGCCAUAUUGCGAAGGUGGAAUCUUUGGACAAGGCAAUCGAACGGUUUUGGGCAGUGGAAGAAUUUACGGUUAAAACACCACGCUCACAGGAAGAGGAAGAUUGUGAGACACAUUUCGUUAACACAGUCUCUCGUGAUGACACUGGCAGGUAUAUUGUGCGGUACCCUAAGCACAUGAAUUUCAACAGCAUGAUUGGUGAAUCGAAACAGAUGGCUCUCCGAAGAUUUCAUCACACUGAAAGACGAUUGAAACUAAACUGUGAUCUGCGAUCGCAGUACAGUGACUUCAUGAUGGAGUACAUUGAGCUGGGUCACAUGAAGUGCAUUGGAGUGGCGGAUGACUCAAGCUUGGAUGAAGGCAAAAUUGUCUGCUAUCUUCCACACCAUCCUGUAUUUAAGGAAACAAGCUCAACGACGAAAAUGCGUGUGGUCUUCGACGGAUCAGCGAAAACUUCCACGAACUAUUCGCUCAAUGAAGCUCUACUUACAGGGCCAACUAUUCAAGACGAACUACUUGAAAUAAUGAUUCGAUUCCGGAAACAUGCCGUUGCCCUGGUGGCGGACGUUGCAAAAUCAGUUUACGAGCUACAAACUGUCACUUACGGAUUGUCUCCAUCGUCGUUUCUCGCUACCCGGGUACUGAAGCAACUGGUUUUGGAUUUGGGUGAAAAAUACGAGCAUGCAGCCAGCUCCGUGGAAGAAGAUUUUUAUAUGGAUGACUUCCUGUCGGGUGCAGCCACGGUGGAAAAGGCAAUACUGCUUCAAAAGGAAGUGCAAAAUUUGUUGGAAGAAGGAGGUCUAGAGCUUCGGAAAUGGUCUUCAAAUAAUUCGGAUGUCUUGAAAAAUGUUCCUAACGAGGCUCUUGUCGGUGAUACAACUCUACACUUUGGAGAAGAUCAGAGAAUAAAAACGCUUGGUAUCGGAUGGGAAACAAAACCAGAUCAUCUUUGCAUCGAGGUUCAACCAUCGUCAGAAGAAUGUAUUUGGACAAAACGGAAGAUAUUUUCUACGAUUGCCAAGCUGUACGACCCGCUUGGACUUGUUUCGCCAGUCAUCGCAUGGGCAAAAAUCCGAAUGCAACAUCUUUGGCUAACCGCUGUUGAAUGGGACGAUCCAGUUCCGGAGGAAAUCGCAAGCAAAUGGAUGGAUUUUGUGGCACAGUUGCCGAUUCUGAACGACUAUAAGGUACCUCGCUUCAUCUUUCUGCCGGAUUUUGUCUCUAUACAGUUCCAUGUAUUCACCGAUGCAUCGGAAAUUGGAUAUGGUGCCUGCAUCUAUGCGCGCUCUAUCGACAAGGCGAAGCAAAUCAAAAUCGAGCUCAUAGCAGCCAAAUCACGGGUGGCACCACUCAAGCGCGUUAGCUUACCUCGGCUCGAACUCUGUGCUGCACUCCUGGGAGCAAAAUUAUAUGCUAAAGUUUCAGCAGCACUCAAGAUGGAAGGAGUUUCUUGUUGGUUCUGGUCAGAUUCAAUGGUGACGCUUCAUUGGAUUCAGGCCCCACCUAACACAUGGCAAACCUUCAUAGGGGAACCGGACUGCAGAGAUUCAACAGUCAACCCACGGGCACAGCUGGAAUCACGUGAAAGGAACUGA